AAGCAGGAGCAACCCCGCAGCUCCCUCGGGGAUGGCUCAAAUCAAAUGCGGAAGUUUACACCCAAGAAAGCCGCCGCUACGCCGUCGUCACUCGCCAAAUGAACGUUGACAUGACAGGAGGCGCGCGGCCUUGACAGAGCGCAAGGAGGGCAAACCGCGGACACAUUUUGGAGAUAUGUCUUCUCUUGGCUCAGCGGAGAGACGCGCGUUCGCUCUCAAAAUCAACAGGACUUCCUCAGCUGACAUCAGGAGGAACUAUGGAAACUAUGGAGUAUAUCACAGAAGGACCAACUCUACAGCAUCUGCCUCUGUGUCUCUCACUGUGCCACAGUCGUACGAGGCCGUGGACCCCUUGGACCUGGAGGACUUCCUGAUGUCUCAGUUACACAAUGCAGACUCGGGCCUGAUGCAGGAGCUCGGAGACUUCCCCAACGAUGAUCUGAGCGUGGAGCAGGUGGAGAGGGAGUGCCGCACCGUCCGCCACUCUGCCCCCGAGGAUGGAGCGGAGCUGGAUCCUCAUGUAAGAGACUGUGUGAGGAGCUACACCCAGCCUUGGAUUGUCGUCACCAGACGGUGCCAGGGAGAUGGAUGGAGCUCGUACUCAGAGCGAGCCGAACUCCACAAGCUCCUCCAGAAGCAAACCUUUGAGUCCGAUGUUCAGACAGAGAAGCAGCACACAACCGUGAAGUCACCCUCUCUGGCCCCGCUGAGUGACGACUGUGGCCGUACUCUGACCUCCACAGACUUCGACCUCCGCUGUCUGACCCCUGACCAGAGGGUGGAGAGUCUGCUGGCGUUUAGCAAUCACGAGGAUCUGGACCGGUUCAACAAAGAGGCCAGACUGGGGAAUAGACACCUUGAGCUGUUUGCACUGUGUCCCCCAGCAGAUGAGGAAGAUGCUGUGGAGAUCAGGCCCAUCCCAGACUGUCCCAAAGAGCACACUGGAGACCGCAUCCAAGUCAGAUGUCAAGCUAUCAAGUUUGAGAUUGACAUCGAGCCCAUUUUCGCCACGAUGGCCCUGUAUGACCUUAAAGAGAAAAAGAAGAUAUCUGAGAACUUCUACUGUGACUUGAAUUGUGAGCAGUUUAAAAACUUCCUGAAGGUUCACACUCCUCAUGUGGAUCCCUCCAGUCUGGCCCGAUCUGCAAUUUUUUCCAUCACCUACCCCUCCCCUGACAUCUACCUGGUUAUAAAGCUUGAAAAGGUUCUCCAGCAGGGGGAGAUCACAGACUGCGCCGACCCCUACAUGACCCUGAGAGAAAGUGACUCAGGAAAGAACAAGGACAAACUAGAUAAGCUGCGGGGUCAGGCUGAGACGUUCUGCUACAGACUGGGGCGUUACCGGAUGCCCUUCGCCUGGGCAACGGUCAACGUCAUGGAUGUUAUCUCCACGGCAACAGCUCCCAUGGAUACCACCGACUCUGACAGCUUAAGAGGAGGUAAAUCCAGCAGUAUCGACCGACGUACUCAACUCCCCAGAAGAAACUCAGAGCGUUAUAGCACCUUCGAGGACCAGUUUUGUAACAUCUCUGCCUUCAAACCCGCCACUAUCACCAUCAGCACCAUAUUUAAACAGGAGGGCGAUCGCUUGAGUGACGAAGACUUGCUGAAGUUCCUGUCUGAUAUUAAAAAGACAUCCACUCCCCAACGAAGAAUUAAGACGAUACCAGGUCAGAUCAGACUGGACAUGUCCCCUCUCCAUGACACUCCUCAGGCUUGCUUGUCCACAGAGCUUAUCCCUCUCAUCCCGAUGGCUGAGAAAACCAUUCGACCUGUAAAAGAGGUGCUGGAGUUCCCAUCCAGCGAAGUCUAUGUCCCCCAUAACAUCUACAGGAAUCUGCUGUUUGUGUAUCCUCAGAGGCUCAACUUUGUGAACAGGUUAACGUCAGCUCGAAAUAUCACCAUCAAAAUUCAGUUUAUGAGUGGAGAGGACCCGACCUUCUCCAUGCCAAUCAUAUUUGGGAAAUCGAGUGGUCCAGAGUUUGUUUGUGAAGUCUACACACCAGUGACCUACCAUAACAAGUCUCCAGACUUCUAUGAGGAGGUGAAAAUAGCUCUGCCCGCUCGCCUCACAGAGCGGCAUCACUUGCUCUUCACCUUCUACCACAUCAGCUGCCAACAGAAGCAGAACCAGAGCGGGAACUGUGAGACGCUCAUCGGAUACUCGUGGCUUCCCAUGCUCCAGAGUGAUCAGCUGCAGGCGGGUCAGUUUUGUCUGCCCAUUGUUUUGGAUCGACUCCCAAUAAACUACUCCCAUCACCCCCCAGAGAAACUCCCUCCUCAAGUUCCUCCAGUCAAAUGGAUGGAAAGUCAUAAGGGACUUUUUAAUCUUGAGAUUCAGGCUGUGUCGUCUGUUCACACUCAGGAUAACCACUUGGAGCGGUUCUUCACCCUGUGUCAUGCUCUGGAGGGCGGGGCCACGUUUCCUUUGAGGCUCCGAGACGAAAAGAUCCCAGAAAACAAACUGGAGCAUGAGCUCAAACUCAGCAUCAUCUCCCUGUCAUCAUCCAGCCUUGAGCCUCUGGUCAGCUUCCUCCACCUGGUGCUGGACAAGCUCUUCACUCUCAUCAUGCAGCCGAUGGUCAUCGCCGGGCAGACGGCUAACCUGGCCCAGAUAGCGUUUGAAUCAGUGGUGUCCAUCGUCAACAGCCUCCACAGCAGUCAGGAGUUGAGCCGAGACCAGCAGGGACGAAACUGCCUCUUAUCCACAUAUCUGUACUGGGUCUUCUGCCUCCCCAACCCCCUGAAGGACACACACACCUCAGGGUCAGGGGGCAUGACCUCGUCCAUAGAGCCGUUUCAUUUCAGCACUAUGAGCCGGGCCACAGCUGCUUCAGUUGGGUCAAUGCUUCUUCAGUCCAGGAUGCGCAGCAGUAGUAACCCAGACAUCCCAGGUCCUCAUGGCUCUGCAGAGGACCAGGAAGUCCAGAGCAUUCUGUCAGCCAAGGGUCACAACAACCCGGGCAGCCGCAUGUCUACCUAUGUCGAGGGAAACAACCAAAAUGCCACAGGAAGCACCAGGCCAUCCAAUCGGAAGCUGUUCCAUGAGGAGUUGGCGUUACAGAUGGUGGUCAGCACUGGAGUCUGCAGAGAGAACUCUUAUAAAUAUGCCUGGUUCUUUUUCGAGCUUCUGGUAAAAAGCAUGGCUCAGCAUGUAUCCCAACUGGACAAGCAAAACAUUCCCCGGAGGAGCCGCUUUUCCGACCGCUUCAAAGAUGACAUCACCACUAUCGUCUCCGUGGUAACAGCAGAGAUUUGCACCAUUCUGGUCAAACAACAAAAGGAGGUGGAACAAGCUGAGAAAGUCAACAUCAGCCUGGCCUUCUUCCUGUACGACCUUCUGUCUCUCAUGGACCGCGGCUUUGUGUUUCUGCUGGUGAAGAACUACUGCAACCAGAUGUCGUCCAAAACCAUGUCAAUGCCCACCCUGAUCAGUAUGCGUCUUGAGUUUCUGCGGAUCCUGUGUAGUCACGAGCACUACCUGAACCUGAGCCUCUUCUUCAGCAGCCCGUCGUCUGCCCCCGCCUCCCCCUGUCCAUCCAUCUCCUCCCAGAGUUCUGGCUCAUGCAGCUUCCAAGAGCAACACAGGAUCUUGGCUCUGUUUGAACUCUCUCAUGAGUUUAAACAGCAGCACUAUCUGACCGGUCUAAUCUUGACCGAGCUCAGCGCCGCUCUGGACAUAGAAUCAGAGGGGGCGAAGGUGCAAAGAAAGGCCAUUAAUGCAGUUUACAGUCUGCUGUGCACUCACGAUUUGGACCAGCGUUGUGUGAAACUUGAAGUCAGAGCUAAAGUGGCUGCUCUCUACCUCCCUCUUGUGGGCAUCAUUAUAGACUCCACUAAUUAUCUGGACUUUACUGUUUGUGACAGCCGAGGCGGCAAAAACAAGUCUGGGGGACCUGAUGAUGACCUUGAAAGCAUCCCGCCCAUCAAUCAGUCUGUUGCCAUGGCGAUUGCUGGGAACCCCUUCAACACCCUCGGCCGCAAUGUGCUCGUUUCCAUGGCGUCAAUGCAGGGUAAGUCAGUGGCCACGUUGCCUGCAGACACCAGUCGAAACUUCCUUGUGUGUUUCCUGUGGGUGAUGAAGAAUGCAGAGCGAAGUCUGAUCCAGCGCUGGACCGUGGACAUGCCUCCAUCUCAACUUAACAAACUCCUGGAGCUGUUGACCAUCUGUCUGUCCUGUUUUGAAUAUAGAGGCAAGCAGAGCACAGAUAAAGUAAGUGCUCUGGCUCUGCAAAAGUCCCAGCAGGCCAAGUUGCAGCUGGAGGAGGCUCUGCUGAAGGGGGCUGGGGCCAGAGGGGACAUGAUGAAGAGGGUCGGAGGGAUGGAUAAAACUCUGGGUUAUGGAGACAACCGCCGCUGGAGGAAAGACCUGACCCAGUGGAGACAAACUAACGAUCGACAGGAUAAAACAAAAGCAGAGUUGGACCAAGAAGCUUUGAUCAGUGGGAAUUUGGCCACAGAAGCAAAUCUCAUAGUUCUGGACCUGCUGGAAACCAUUUUACAGGCCGUUCCACUGGCUGAUUGUAAGGACAGUGUUGUCGGUGGGGUUCUUCGGGUGCUCCUUCACUCCCUCACCUGUAAUCAGAGCACCACCUUCCUCCGUCACACCUUCAGCACAAUGCGGGCGCUCGUCGUCAAGUUUGGAGAUCUUCUGUUUGAGGAGGAGGCCGAACAGUGUGCAGAUCUGUGUCAGAAGGUCCUGCAGUACUGCAGCAGCCCUGUGGACGAGAACCGGAGCCAGGCCUGCGCUUCUCUCUACCUCAUCAUGAGAUACAGCUACAGCAAUGCCAGUAACUUCUCCAGGGUGAAGAUGCAGGUGACCAUGUCUCUGGCCUCUCUUGUGGGACAAUCCUCAGACUUCCAGGAGGAGCACUUACGCCGCUCACUCCGUACCAUCUUGGCCUACGCACAAGAAGACUCCGAGAUGCAGAACACCCAGCUGCCCUCUCAGGUGGACGAGCUCUUAAGGAACCUGAACAGUAUUUUGUCGGAUACAGUGAAAAUGAGAGAGUUUCAAGAAGACCCAGAGAUGCUGAUGGACCUCAUGUACAGGAUCGCUAAGGGUUACCAGACAUCCCCUGACCUCCGCCUGACCUGGCUGCAGAACAUGGCAGAAAAACACAACAACAGGAAGUGCUACACAGAGUCGGCCAUGUGCCUGGUGCACGCCGCCGCCCUUGUGGCAGAGUACCUGAGUAUGCUGGAGGACCACAAGUACUUACCUGUGGGCAGUGUUACUUUCCAGAACAUCUCUGCUAAUGUGCUUGAGGAGUCUGCCGUGUCCGAUGACAUCCUGUCCCCGGAUGAAGACGGCGUGUGCUCUGGGCGCUACUUCACCGAGAGCGGAUUGGUCGGGCUACUGGAGCAAGCUGCAGAGCUGUUUAGCAACGGCGGUCUUUACGAAACUGUGAAUGAAGUUUACAAGAUCAUAAUCCCUAUACUUGAAGCACAUCGAGACUUCCGAAAGCUCUCCUCCAUUCACAGUAAGCUGCAGAAGGCCUUUGACAACAUCAUCCAGAAGGGGCAUAAGCGAAUGUUUGGAACCUAUUUUCGAGUUGGAUUUUAUGGGUCUAAGUUUGGGGACCUGGAUGAACGGGAAUUUAUCUACAAAGAGCCCGGGAUCACACAUCUGCCGGAGAUAUCUCACAGACUGGAGAAUUUCUACAGCCAGUGUUUUGGAGAUGACACGUUGGUUAUGAUCAAGGAUUCUUCACCGGUGGACCAGACGCAACUUAAUCCCAACAAGGCGUACAUCCAGAUCACUUUUGUGGAGCCCUACUUUGACGACUACGAAAUGAAAGACCGAAUGACGAACUUUGAGAAAAACUUCAAUUUGCGGCGCUUCAUGUAUACAACACCGUUUACCAAGAGCGGGCGGCCGCGUGGUGAGCUCAAUGAACAGUACAAGAGGAAGACCAUUCUGACUACGAUGCACGCCUUCCCCUACGUCAAGACUCGGAUUAACGUCAUACAGAAGGAGGAGUUUGACCUGACCCCGAUUGAAGUGGCCAUAGAGGACAUGCAGAAGAAGACCAGGGAGUUAGCCGUGGCCACACACAGAGAGCAGCCGGAUGCUAAGAUGCUCCAGAUGGUUCUACAGGGAUCGGUGGGAGCAACAGUAAACCAGGGCCCGUUAGAGGUGGCCCAAGUCUUCCUGAAUGAGAUCCCAGCCGACCCCAAGCUAUUCCGUCACCACAACAAACUGCGCCUAUGUUUCAAAGAGUUCAUAAUGAGAUGUGGAGAGGCGGUGGAGAAGAACAAACACCUGAUCACCUCUGACCAGAAAGAAUACCAACAGGAACUGAAGAAGAACUACAACCGCCUCCGAGAAAACCUCAGGCCCAUGCUGGAGAGAAAAAUCCCCGAACUCUACAAGCCCAUCAUCCGACCGCGACUGGAAAACAGAGACUCCUUCAAACGCCUAAGCUUCCGUAGGAAUGUCGAAGAAAACUCUUGAGACGCAGACGGCUCUUCCAAUGGCGCUGCUGUGAAGAAGAAGAAAAAGAAGACGAGAAAAGACCUUAAAAGAAACAUGGAGCUAAACAGAGCAUGUUGUGUUUUGUGUCGUAAUCUCACGGUUACUGUUGCAGAGGUACAGGCUCAAAAGUAACGUGUAUCUUAUCCACAGGGUUCGUAAUGAUGCAAAGCUCAUACUGUUGCCAUAGCUAUUAACAAAUAAAAACAAAAUAUUCCAUCAUGGGUAUGGUGGACUGUCCUCAAAAUGGCACCAAAUGACAAAAAGCUGAAUCCCUAGAAUAGGUUGAGUUCACAUUAUGUCAUACACAAUCAAUUCUUAAUGUAUUUUUAAAAUAAGAUGAGAGAAGAUAAGAAAACCACAAUGGGGAAAUUCCAUGCAACCAUAGAAUGUAUAAACAAGUGGACUAAGUGAGUGUAACAUCACCCAAAGCGUUCGGCUCGUCAAAUGAAGCUCAUCGAGGCUAGCAGUUACAGGGGCCAAUUUGGAGCCGAGUUCCAUAUUUGGAAUUCAUUAUUGGAUUUUCCAUAUUUGAUAUUUCAUAUUGGAUAUUCCAUAUAUUAUUAGAAUUCCAAAUUUGGAAUGUGAGUAUCAUAGCAACCAAAGAGCCAGUUCAGAACAAAUCUUAGCAAUGCUGUCAAUCAAACCUGUUGCUAACACUAGUGGGAGUGACCUCACCGAAAGAAGGCGCUUGAUUUGUCUGUUAUUAAUGUUCAUAUGUUGAUUUACAGACACAAUAGGGAAUUAAAAAACCCAGAUCAUGUAGAGCGGGUUAAUGCGAACGUUUUAAGACCAAAAUUAUGAGCCUAACAGAAGCAGUUAGAGAGAGGGACAAUGGUUAUUUGAAAGAAAAUGAACUGGAGCCGAGACCAUAAUCUCUUCCUUUCUGGAACACAGCAGCUAACGGGGUAGCUAUGUCCAUUUAUAUAUACAGUCUAUUGUUGCAACACAAAAUUUAAGAACAACAGGAGAAUAGAAAGAGACAGAUGGAGAGCAGGUAGAAUUCUAUGGUGGAAUCUGCCAUUUAACUGUCAAACUCCAGAUGUUUUGACCUGGUUUAUGAUUAAUAUCUCUGUAAUUAAUGGGUCCAUCCACACAUGAAUUAUGUUUUUCAAUAUAGUUUUAAAAACGUUGGUAUUAUUCAGAUACACAGGUAUUAUUGUCAAACAAAAGUACUUUUAGUCACUAGAAUAAUAUGGCAAGUUUGUGUGAACUAAUCUCUCAAAAAUGUUAAGGCUCAACAUUAUAUCAAAGUGACUUACCCUUAGACCUACCACGAUAACACAGUUGAAGUUUGAUAUAUCACUGAAGUAAAUGAUGAUAAAAAAUAAUAUUGAAACUCAUUUCUGCCACUGACACAAAAACCCAAGAGCAGCUUGAAAUAAACAGUAGAAUGAAACACUUCAGUUUGUAUCUAGAAUGAGCCAUAGAAGUUAUUUAUUCAACCUACAGCUCCAAUGUCAUCAUAGUAUGAAAAAUAAUAAAAGGUUCCCAACUAGUUACGUAAGUUACAUAAAGAUAUCAGACCAAAAAAAUACAGAAAAAAAAGUAUCAAGAAAAAAAAUCUACUGCAGUAAAAGUAUUAAAGUACCUGUUUAAAAAUGCAUUUAAGGAGUAAAACGUAAAAUCAGUCGUUUCUAUUUGUAUAUUUUUGUUUGCACAAAUUAUGAAUGUGUUAUAAAUAAACAAUCAGCCUUUUCAGCAAGUCUCAGACAAUAACAAAAAAGUACUUUUUACUUUUCAGUCCAGUUCAAAAAUGUAGUGGAAUAGAAAGUACAGAUACCUGCUCUCAAAUGUAGUGAAGUAAAAGUAAAAAUUAUACACUCAAUCUACUGAAGUAUAAAUUUUAUUUAUCUGUACUGAUAUUGACCCCAAAAAUUAUUGAUCCAUCUAUCACUUAUGAUCGAUAUAUAUUGAUUAGAUGUUUUUGACAGUUGGCAGUUUGAAUCCCACUCUCUACAUAAAUGUCAUUAGUAGAAUGGUUUGAUUCCAGCUCCCACAGCUGAAUUUUGUUGUUGUGUUUUUGGAAAAGACACUUAACCCACCUCACCCCAGUGUCUCUGUACACUGGUGUAUGAAUGUAUGUGUGAAUGGGUGUGUGGUUCCUUGAUGUAAAAUGCUUUGAAUCUUGAAGGUGGAAAAAUGGUAUAUAAACAUGUACCAUAUACGAUAUACCAUUAUUGUAACAGCCCUACCUAGUUAAAAAGGCCCCUGCUCUUCAUCUGAAAUGAAUCUGACCUCAAACUCAUGUGAACUCAACCUAUUCCCAGCCUGAUCGUCAGAUGCUGUAUUAUUUUUACAACCUUAUCCUUGUAUGUGCUGCAAACUGAGAUGUCUGGCCUAUUAGCAUACUGGCUAUUAGCUUA